CUCUCUCUCUCUCUCUCUCUGUGUCUCUUUCUGUACGUCUCACUCUUGCUCUGUGACUGGCUCAUUUGGAUGUAUCUGUUGUCAGGAUUAAAUCUCUGCAGCUCUACAGCAGGAUGUGUGGAAUGGGUAUAGUUUUGGACGAUGGUGGAGGUGAUGAAGACUUUGAUGUCGGUGAUGACGUGAUACAGAUGUUGCCGCCUCCACCGGUUCAGUGUGAUGGAGGGGUGUGGGGUCCCCGGCGGGGUCACUGUGGGUGUCUGCUGUGGGUGAUGUUUCUGCUGAUGUGGAACAUGACGCUGAUGCUGGUGUGUGUGGGGUUAAUGUUUCUGGUCUUCAGUCUGGUUCUGCUGCCCGCUGCUGUGCUGCUGUACGCCGGCUUCCUCUGUCACUCACGGAUUCUGGCUUCACAAGCCUCUCUCUGUCAGUACCUCGAUGAUAACAGUUGCUCCGCCCUCAUCAUCCUGGGUUUUGUGAUGAUGUCACCAUUGGUCGUGGUUGCUGCGGCGACAUUCUGUGGUCUUCUUAGACGACUACACCUCCUCUUAUAUUUUCAACCAAUCACAGGAGCUCGAUACCGCGGGCGAGGCCUGGGCUGGAGGCGGGACCUCCAUGCCUGGGUUUGACGGACAUAAACAUCCACUGUUCUCAGGACAGCGUCCAGGGUGACCUCCGCUAACAGAUAUAAUCUCCGUCUAUACCUAAAGGUUAAGGGGACGGCAAGAUCUUAAAUCUACAGCAAACACAAUCACAGAGCACACAGAGCAGAAAAUCACUCAAAGGUUUGUGAAUUUUGUAAAGCCUUUUGUUGAUGUCAAUGUAUUGUUCAUGGUCAAGUAUUAAAAGUAAGUUUUAAUGUGUGUGUGCUGUUGUAUUUUAUUUAAUGACCUUUGUCAUGUGUGUGUGUCUACGCACUUCAUUCAUACAGUAUUGUAAAAAAAUUCAAGGAUUGGAGAAUAAACGCAACUUUCCAGAAUCAUUCAAUACAAAACUGAUAACACAAUCAGAAGUCAAGUAAUGUUUAAUUGUUAUCAAUGUUUUAAUAAAUUGUUUAGCGGUGUGACAUUAAUCUGUACUAGUAGUGUGAAUAAACAAACACAUAAAAUAUUUUGUUUGACUUUAUUUACCCUACACAUAACAAGUCUAAAACCCCCCAAGCUAUAAAAAUAUCUCAAUGAAGACUCAGAAAUAUCUCUGUUACAUACAGGACAUCCGGCUUUUAUGCUAAAUGAUCAACAUCUUCAUCUUUUCUAGUCAAUACUAGUAAUUAAGUUACUGCUUUGUUAAGUGAUCUGAUUUUUCCAUCCGUUGUGUCUUUUAUGUAACUCAGUAUGGGUGAUAAUAGGAUUAAAGUAUGGUUUUUACAUUUGAAUUAUAUUCAUUACAUUAUAACAAUGACUGAUUUUAUCUAUACGAGAUAGUCAGACAUUUGUGGACUGUCACAUUAACAUUAUUAUUGUAUUGUAUAUUAAUCAUAGUAAGCUAAUGAUGCUUUGUGAAACACCCCACAUGUGAAUAAAUGUCUUUCUUAUUUUA